AUGACCCACCAGUCGACAGAACGCUCGUCAUCAAAACGUCACUCGCAAGCUCCAUAAACAGAUCAUCAUCAUAUUUCGACGUGGAGUUCUUCCACCUCUCCUUACCAAACAGCAUCCAAAAUCCAACAUGUCUAAUGAAAACUUCCAACUUAGCAACGUCUUCAAUGUCAAGGGCAAGAUCGCUUUGGUCACAGGUGGUGGCUCAGGCAUCGGCUUGAUGGCAACUCAAGCCCUAGCUGUCAACGGAUGCAAGGUCUAUAUUGUUGGCCGUACAGAGGAGAAGCUCAAGACUGUCCAGCAGACUUACGGCAAGAACAUUUCUGGCGAGAUCAUUCCCAUCGUUGGCGAUGUCACAAAGAAAAGCGAGAUUGAGAAGCUCGUCAAAGAGAUCGAGUCCAAGGAGGGCUAUCUCGACAUUCUCAUCAACAACGCUGGUAUCGAUGCUGGCAAGCUGACCCCUGAUGGCAAGAGCGCCGAGGAGAUGAAAACGAACCUCUUUGACAACGACAGCUUCGAGGACUGGAGUGACCUCUACACAACCAACGUCAUUGCACCUUUCUUCCUCAGCAUUGCCUUCUUGCCUUUGAUCCAAAAGGCCACUGAGCGUACGCACGGCUGGUCUGGAACGAUCAUCAACAUCUCAUCUAUUUCCGGCCUUGUCCGCAUCUCACAAGGCCAUUUCAAUUACAACGCCUCGAAGGGAGCUACCGUACACCUCAACAAGAUGCUCUCUGCCGAGAUUCAGAGCAGCGGUCUCAAGAUUCGCGUCAACUCCAUUGCUCCUGGCGUGUUCCCCUCAGAGAUGACUACCGGAGAGAGCAAGGAUGACCAGAAAAGUGAGCUGCCUAAGGAGCACAAGGGCGACUUGCCCGCGCAGAGACCCGGCAAGGACUCAGACAUGGCGAGUACGGUGUUGUUCUGCGUUGCCAACCAGUACCUCCAAGGUCAGGUGAUCGCACCAGAUGGUGGAUAUUUGAUCCAGACCGGUACCUAAGCAAUGGUAUAGGCAUAGUUACGAAGGUUGACGAAGAUCCAUGACAUAAGGAAGGCAGCAUAAGUAUCGAAAUCUGUAAAUAUCGAGUUUUGAGGACAAGCCACACGAAUCCUCCAGCGAGAUUACAUGACUUGCCCGGCAUCCGGCUUGGCGCUGGUAAUCAUUGCGUGAACAACACAUCUCCCUUUCGAGUUUCUCACGGAAUCUUGCUAUCUUCCACAGACGGUGACCUAAAACAUCAUCACCAAGAUAGGACUAAGCCAUGUCGGAUAUACAAGUCGCGGACCCGAAUCCUGACGCGACUACGCUCGUAUGGGGUAAGGUCGGACAUUCAACUAUAUCGCUCGACGCUGAUUCAGUGUGAAGACG